CCAGCUACUAAUUCACUUAGAAAGUUUGAAACACCAUGAAGUCCACCUACACUUUGUCCCUUUUGGCUUUAUGCCUAACUUUAUACUUAACCUUCACCAAUGCCGCAAAUUUCAACAUUAUAAACCAAUGUACCUACACAGUUUGGGCAGCUGCUUCCCCAGGCGGUGGCAGGCGGCUCGACCGAGGCCAAUCAUGGUCCCUAGACGUGGCUCCUGGCACCACCCAAGCUCGCAUUUGGGGCCGAACCAAUUGCAACUUUGAUGCCAAUGGCCAAGGCCACUGUCAAACAGGUGACUGCAACGGGCGCCUCGAAUGCCAAGGCUAUGGAAGUCCACCGAAUACGCUAGCUGAGUUCGCUCUAAACCAGCCUAACAACUUAGACUACAUCGACAUUUCCAACGUUGAUGGAUUCAACAUCCCAUUGGAGUUCAGCUCCGUUACUUCUUGCCGUGACAUCCGAUGUUCAGCGCCUAUUGUUGAUCAAUGCCCAGCUCAGCUAAGAACUCCAGGUGGAUGCAACAAUCCCUGCACUGUUUUUCACACAAAUGAGUAUUGUUGCACCAAUGGCCCAGGAAGCUGUGCCCCUACCGACUUAUCCAGGUUCUUCAAGGACAGGUGCCCUGAUGCUUAUAGCUAUCCUCAAGAUGAUCGCACAAGCUUGUUUACUUGCCCAAGUGGUACAAAUUAUAGGGUUGUCUUCUCUGCAAAUUUCAACAUUAUAAACCAAUGUACCUACACAGUUUGGGCAGCUGCUUCCCCAGGGGGUGGCAGGCGGCUCGACCGAGGCCAAUCGUGGUCCCUAGAUGUGGCUCCUGGCACCACCAACGCUCGCAUUUGGGGCCGAACAAAUUGCAACUUUGAUGCCAAUGGCCAAGGCCAGUGUCAGACAGGUGAUUGCAACGGGCGCCUCGAAUGCCAAGGCUAUGGAAAGCCUCCGAAUACGCUAGCUGAAUUCGUCCUAAACCAGCCUAACAACUUAGACUACUUCGACAUUUCCCUCCUUUAUGGAUUCAACAUCCCAUUGGAGUUCAGCUCCGUUACUCCUUGCCAUGAUAUCAGAUGUUCAGCGCCUAUUGUUGAUCAAUGCCCAACUCAGCUAAGAACUCCUGGUGGAUGCAACAAUCCCUGCACUGUUUUCAACACAACUGAGUACUGUUGCACCGGUGGCACUAGCUGUGGCCCGACCUUCUUCUCCACGUUCUGCAAGGUCAGGUGCCCUGAUGCUUAUUGCGAUCCUCGAGAUGAUCCUACAAGCUUGUUUACUUGCCCAAGUGGUACAAAUUAUAGGGUCGUUUUCUGCCCUUAAAGAAAUCCAGAUGUCAUAACGUUCUUGUGACAGCUGAUAUGCUCCAAGAACUUCACUAGAAAAGUAGAUCAUGAAGAAAUAAACGCAUAUGUGAUCCUUCUUGUGAUGAUCCACAGUAAUUGCAA